GAGAUUGUUCUCUGCAACUUUCUGUUAGCCUAUAUUUUUCUUUAGAGCGAAAGCAUUUUCAUUUUCAAAGUCUGCCACUUUAGUUCAAACUAGCUGGUACGCACCCAAAAGGGUUUAAGUUUAGAUCAUAUGUACGCAGUAGUGCUGGUGCCCGCCCGAAGCCAAUCGACACCAACAUUAGACUAAAACUAGCUGAAUGCCCGUGCGUUGCCACGGAACAAUAGACUUAGACAUGAGACAUUGCUCAAAAUAAAUCAAAUAUUUCAUAACAAUAUGUUUGAGCAAUGAUACGCGCCGGCGCGCCAACCCAAAUUUGGGCCGGUCGGCCUCCUGCCGCCCGAUCCAACAGGCAGGGGCCGUCCGAUCCGCCUUCCCCCAUGUCAUGAUCUUCUUCCCCCUCUGCCCCGCGCACGCGUCUUGGUUCAAAUCCGCCAGUGACAUGUCCCUGCCCUAGCCACCGCGAGUGUGUGCUCCGGCGAGACGCGAAAGCACCCGCGUCCUUUCCCUCACCGUUGCCGCUCGUCGCAGUACCCAGCUGCUCGUCGUUACAACCUCUCUUGGAUCGCCGAUGUCACGUUUUUUUGCUCCGACGAUGGUAGCAAAAGAAAUCGUCGGUUCCAGCUUUUUUGGUCGUAGCAUCGGCGGCCAAAACUUCAACAUCGCCGCUUGCAACAUAUAUAGCCGCGAGUUGUAGCUUUUUCUAUUGCCGGUUGUAGCAUUUUCUCCAGCGGGAUGCAUCUUCCUUGGUCGCCAGUAGCAGUCAUCUACCUCACAUGCCAAAAAAAUCAUCGUCGCCGAUGCAACAAAAACCGGCCGCUGGUUGUAGCUUUUUCUAGGGCGGUUGCAGCACUGGCGCAUUAGUUUGCAGCUUCCACAGGCCACGGCCCAUCGUCGCAGCCCCGAUGCUCACCUUCGCUGUCCGCAUCUUCACCUUCGCCGCUUGCAGCAAAAUGGUCAGCGAGUUGUAGAUUUUUCUUUUGCCAGUUGUAGAUUUUUGUUCCACGGGAUGCAUCUUCAUGAUAGCAUGUAGCGAACAAGGACACCGGUUGUAGCAAUUUGUGAUGCCGGUUGUAGCUUGCAGCUCCGGUGAUGUCCUCGCCCAUCCCAUCCCCAUGUCAGGUGCACCCCGUCGUCACAGCUUCUCGUGCCUUGGGUGUACCUCGCCGAGAUGGUGAGCUAGGAGCUAUCGCUGGCCGUGCGGAGAGGAACUGGAGAUGGUGAGCUAGGAGAAUCGCCGGCCAUGCGAAGGACGACGACCUCACCGGUGAGAUUGGGCUGCAGCGAGGUAGGGGCCGAUGCGGGGGUGGACGACGGCCUCGCCGGCGAAAUUGGGCUGCAACAGGGGGUGGGGAGGGGGUGGGGAUGCAAGGGUAGAGAGCGGCCUCGCAGAUGAGAUUGGCCUGCAGCAGGGCAGCGCGAUUUGCGGGGCUUGCGGAAACAGGAGCGCGUGGUAGCGGGCGAACGGCCAAAACUCCGGCCGGCGUGCCAUCUUCAUACAUUUUCCUAUAUGUUUUGAGAACAGAGUUGUAGGUGCCAUACAUAUAUUUCUUGCAAUCAGUUCAAAACAAAUCAAACAUAUCUCUCUUCCAUGUAGUUCUUCGGUAAGUCAAUUAAUUGCUUGCUAGAGUAACAGGAACUUUAGUAUACACUCAAAGGAUUAAACAAGAUUAAUCUUCGAUUUCUACGUGGAGCUAAAUAUAGUUCACAACCACAGAAAAUUAUACAGGCAUAAAAUAGACUAUGACCACAACCAUACAAACGAAAACAGGCAAUAUUUUUGUCCGUACCUCGAUACCUUAGCAGCAAAAUUUCUAUUUCAUUGCCAAGCACAACCUACAGAUCGAGUCACAUUACUGCUACAGUUGGUGAGAUAUUGUCAAGCUUAGUGACAAAAAAAUAAAUCAUAUUGUACCAUCCCUUUAGCUGGUGACCUCUUGGAAUUAAGUAUAUAUGAUUUCCAAAAACAAGAAGUGAGAUGUUGUAUCCGGGCCUCACCCAACACACUUCUGUUCAUUCUCUUGUUGUUUAUGUUCAAUAACCUACAAUAGAAAAUGGUGUCAAGAAAGACCAACAUAAUAAAAUGGGUUGCAACAUAUAGUCAAUAACCUCUAGCUAGGUGCAUGCCAUAUUUCUUUUAUGAAAAUCAGAACAAAGUUAUUUAUGUGCAUCUCUAGUUAGAAACCAACUGAAAAUUAAUAAAAUCUCUGAGGUUAAAAUGCAUAAAAACUAAUGGACUAAGAAAUAGCAGGAUUGAGCACCACAUCACAGGGGUUACAUGUUUGAUAGGGUAAUCGUUAAGACUAAGGUCGAUCCAUGAUGAACGAAAGCCUGCACAAAUGGUCAAAUUCUGUAAAAAAAAAAAAACAAACAAAUAUUAUUCAGAGGACUGUCAACUAACACCUCAGGGAGCAUUUUGAAGCAGGCAAAUAUCAUGAUUAUCAUGAUUCUCGACAAGUUGAGAAUUGUACCUUAAGCUUGACCUCCUAUAUGAAGUAUCUUAUAGUACAACAUAGCAAGGUAGCCUAUAUGAAAGAACAAAUGGGACAAUAAAAACAAUUACUACUCAAGCUGGCCGAUCAAAACCUAAUUGAACACAUGCGAUUUCAGAAUCCGCUCCAUUCGCAAAAAAUGGAAAAGCAGCAAAACAUGAACUAUAUCAAUAAAUCUAGUAAUAGACUAAUAGUUAGGUUAGAUGAUUGCUUAGCACUACUUGAAUUAGCACAAUGAGUCUAGAACUCUAGAUAAAAUGGUGAAAUCAGCAGCUUGAUAGUUCUCUCUGUUGGGUGCCUAUAGAUCUCACGUGCAUAUAGCCAGAUUUCACCAACGAUUGCUUGUCCAAAGUAAUAUAGAAAUUCUAAUUCUACUUAGAAAGGUGAUACAUGUAGCUCCUAGGUUUUAUCACCGUGAGUUGAAGUAUAAACAGUAAAUACGUCACAUACCAGUGUGCGCGUGCGUUGCUAGUCGAUCAAUAGAAUCCACCUGCUAGUCGAUCAAUCAAUCCACCAAUUGGAUCCAUCUCAAGGCAAAGCUAGCUAGCUACAUUGUUAGCUGAUUUAACCCCUUAAGGCAAACCAGGUUUGCUAUGUGUUCAUUUUGCCAUCGAGCGAAAGCGCCGGCCAGGCGGAAUACUGGUUUCACAGGAACGGAGACAAUCAGACAAUGGCAUCGAAGGAAAAGAUCAAAGAUCUACGCACCUGUGACACUGUCCUUGACGGACGCAAAGGGCGUCAAGUUCGAGCUGUUGGUCCUCGCCGUAGCCGCCUGCGAUGAAGACGACCCGUCGGAUUCUCAUACAGGAGGACGCACACCCUCCUCGCAUACUUCACAGCUGCCACAACCCCAAAUCGGGGAAGCUGCCGGCCGCGGAAGACAUCUUGGAGCAAGUGGAUGGAGGGCAGAGACGGAGCAGGACUCAACGGUGAGAGGGCGAGCCAUCACCCCUCGUCGCCACGACCGAGUCCACUGAAGUUUCUCGGGAGAGAUGAGAUUGGAAUCGAUGGGGUUGGAGGAGUUGGGCUGACUCCAACUAAGAAAGAAGAGGAGGGGGUUGGAGAGAGUUGGGGCGCGCGUCAUGGGGAGUCGGUCGUGGCUAUUUUCCAGUGUUUUCUUACCGCAUUAAUGCCAUGCAUCUCGUUUGUGGUUUGAGCCGAACUGUUUUUUUCUUGGUCGUGGUUUUCUGUGCGUGGGCUGAUUUGGAGUUGGAUUUUUGGGCUGCUGUGGGCAUAGCCCUCGCGCGCGAUGGUUGUCGUACGAAGGGGGGAGGUGGGGAUGUGGUCGAACCAUCACGACGUUCGAUCCUCCUUUAAUAGUAGAGACAAACACGUUGCUAUGAAUGUACUCGUGCUAGCACCACCCGAUGUUCGCCAUCGGAAAAAGUGACUGAUAAUUCGUGGUCAUCCAUAGCAUCAAUCACUACUUUCGACAAGUGCGCUUGUUGUGCCCAAGCGUUCCUUUUUGGACUUCUCAUUUUUCCGACAUGCACUUCCAUAUCCAGUUGUGACCAGCGUUUUGGUUGCCGCUCAAAAUUUUGAGAUCUCGAGUAGUUACCGCGUUUAUUGUCCCCCCACGAAAUACACUCAUACCGAGCAAAAAAAAACAAAUAUUUUUCAAAUUUUUUAAUCCAAACGCCCACCUUCUAGUUAAAUAUAAGGCAUCCCUCUAUAAGAACAUUACUGGUCAUGGCGUAGUGGCAAAGAAAUUCUCUCCGCAUCAUCCAGUCUCGGGUUCGAAUGUGGUCGCUCGCUUUUUGAAUACAUACAUAUAUCGACCUCAAAAAAUUUGAAUUCAAAAUUUGAUUAUAAAUUUCGUCCGAUUUUUUUUUGGUAUUUCGGGGUUAACGUGGUAACCGCAAUUUCGGUACCCUUCGAAAAAAAGGGUCCACUCGGGAUCCAAAACCUUGGUUGUGACACUAUUCAACCGCAGCCUUGUUUUUUGAAGCCAUAGAAAAAAAAACAACCAUUACAAAAGAAAAGCGAGUUUGAACCAUUAUUAAUUGAUUGGCUUUAGUCCAACGCCAACAUUCAUCAAACUUUCAACAAACAAUCCGCAAAGCACAACUAUUUCUUAUAAGCAUUUUAAGGAACAAAUAACCAAGCUUUCUAUUGUUGCUACACAAGCUUUCCCCCCAAAACACUAAAGCUUUCAACUAUCUAAACGAGCCUUUGAAUAAAAUUUUACAAGCUUUGACCUAAAAAAUUAAAGAAAUGCAAAAACCCUAGAUCGAACCCCGUUAAUCCUAACCUCCCUCGGUGAUGGCCUUGAACCAUGGUGACCGUAGCUGACACAUCUAGAUCCUGAAGGCGGAGAAGAAAGGGGGAAGGAAACGACACCGCACGCACACUGACCAGCUACUAGCUAGCAUACUCGAGGAGAGCGCCGACACUGGCGCACAAUAAGAUACCAAAUUAGAAAGACGUCUUGGAGAAAGAGCUUGAGAACAUGUGGUAUAUAAAAGCAAGGAAAUUAUAGGGAAAGGGUGUGUAGAUUAGUUAAUUUGGUAGAGAGAAAAUAUAUAAUGAGAUGAAAUAGACGUACCACACAUCAGUUACAGAUAGUUGGUAGUGAGUACGAGAAGUGAUGGAGUGGUUGUAAAAAAAGGAGCGAAGGUGAAGGAGCCUUUGGGAUGUUUGGUGAAGACAAAGGCUAAGCUCCUUGGUUUAUCAUCUUCGUUCGUUCACUCGUAGUCAACCUUGCCGUGCCAGCGACGGCGGCUGGAACGCCGUGGCGGCGUCUCGUGUGGUGGCGCUCUAGAUAGAAAUAGAACCAUAAACUAAUUUGGGUGGAUGGGCCCCACGUCGAUGCAUGCAUGCGUGCAGUCAUGCAGGCGUAACGCCUCUUGUCCGAUUCGGAGGACUCCUGAGUCAAGUCUACGUACGCAUACAGAGGCUUAACAUGUAAGCUGGAGUACUAGCUACUGUAUAAUGUUCGCUCGUUUGCUCAAGAAUCCGCCAAUUCAGUUAGAGCAUCGUACGCUCGCCUCCUGCCGUCAGGGCGCCUUUCUCCGCCGCCGUCCUCCGGCGGCUCCUCUCCGCUGAUGACCUCGGUCGUCAAUGGUGAGGGGGAUCGCCGGAUCCAAGCGUGUGGAUUGUUUUAGGCAUUAGUUUUUUAGGAUUUUGGGUUGUUCAUCGUCAUGGCUUCGGCGCUGGCGAUGGCGGCGUCGAUUAAUAAAUCUUCAGAUCCUUCCCCAACGAGGCGAUCCGCUUUGGGGUGGACUUGAAAACCAGACUGUUCAAGCCAGGAUGGUGCGGCGGCGGCAUCCUCGUGGUGGACCUGUGUCCUCGGGCUCCGCCGUUGCGACGACGUUUGCUCCAGCGCCGGCGUGGAGCUUGGGAGGUAGUCCAGGAGCGGAUGCAGAUUGUGGUCUGCAUCGAUGGCAUCUGGAAGAUGGUGGAUUUCGGUUCGUGGUUCGUGGCAGGUAGGUAUGGUUUUCUCCACCAACGUCUUAGUUGGGCGGGGGAGCCAGAUCUGAAGUUCGAUGGCGUGUCCGGGGUGUUGCCUCGGUCUGAUUCGUUCAACGGCAAUGGCUUCGCCUUUAUUGGCGAGCCACCUUGGAGGUCCGCAAAGCUGCAUAUCAGCGAUGGAGCCGCGUCGAGCUUGGGUGUGGAGGCGAUCCGUCAUUUUCUCCUUUGGUGGCUGCUAUGGUGGUGUCAGAGGCAGGUGACGGGCGUUGGCGUCAAGCUCAGAGGAUUCUUUAGUCUUGUUUGUAAUUUUACUUCUUGGCUGGUGUUCCUGUGUGCAAAGGCUGGCGUUCUGCUGUCUUUUCAGAUUUGUCAGGUCGGUAUGUACGUGGCUUGUACUAUGAUCCUUGUGAUAUAAAUGAGACACGUAUUACUAUGAAAAAAAAAUGUUCCGCUCGUUUACAAACUACUGCAACGCGUUUGAGAAAAUAAAGACAGUCCACGCGUAUGAAUGAUACUACCUUCUCCCGUGAGGGCGGAAAGCCGAAAAUAUAUGCAUGAUACGUUCUCCCCGGUCACUGUGCGUAUUAGGGCAUGGCCAAUGCAUAGCCCCAGGGUGAUGCCUCACAUGCCAUGUAGGAUCGGAUGACAGAAAAAGUAGGUUCGGAUGGGGAAGCAGGAUCCUCUCCAGGAGGCGGGUGCUUGGAGAGAAAAGUGUGACCCGGAGCAUAAAGUUGGAAAAAGUUGAAGUGAAGAUGAGGGAUGCAUGUGUAGUGAGAUUCACUUUUUAUUUUUUGAUGAGGCCCAGUAGUAGUAGCCUGCAUUGGAGAGAAAAAAUCAACACAUAUGCCUCAAAUUACUUUUUGUCAUGAAGCAUCUGUAUCCAUAUGACAUCAUUGUACAUGCCCUUAUUCGCCCACAGCCACAGGACAAGGAUACGGUAACGACCAGAGCACGCGGCUGUUUUACUUUACCUGCUCGCAGAAAAGGGUAGAGGCGGAAAGGUUGUUUCUCCGUGCAGUAGGUAAGGAUGCGUUCAAACCCCAGACCCGGACCGACGACCUCCCUUCCUCCGGCCACUGGCAACCGGGCCAGCGCCGCCGUGAGGACCCACAUGGCGGGUGAGCUCCCACUCGGCCACUCGCCGGUGGUGUCCACUUCAGUCAGUCAAACUCCCUGACGACGAAUGGUCAACACAUCCGGCAACCACGCAUCCAUGAAUGUCCCGGUGCUUUCUUCUCAUCAUCCUCAUAUCAUCCUUUCCUCUCAACGUCUACCACAGCAUCCCGUAGCCGGCGGCCUCUCCCUCCCUUCCGUUGCAACAACAAGAUCGACGCGAUGCAUACGCCGUUUCGUGUCGCCGCCGCCGCCGUGCUCUGUUCAGCCACGCUGCUGCUAACAGCCGUCCUUGCCACCGACGCCAUAAACACCACCGCGCCGACGUCCUGCGACCCGGCGGCGUGCGGGGCCCUGCGGAUCGCCUACCCGUUCUGGCUCGCCGGCACGCACCUGCCGCAGUGCGGCUACCGGGCCUUCCAGGUCAGCUGCGACGGCAACGGCACGGCCUCCCUCAAGAACUCCCUCUGGACGUACCAGAUCCGGGAGAUCAAUUACGGGGACGACAACGGCACCUUCCGGAUCACCAACGCCCAGCUCGCCGACGGCACCUGCGACAUCGAGCUCCGCGUGAACGCCUCCUCCGACCUCGGCCUCGCGCCAUUCACCAUCAGCGCGGCUAACCGGCAGCUCUUCUACCUCUACAACUGCACCGACCAGCAGGCGCGGCCGCCACCGCCUACGUGGGCGCACGUGAACUGCGCCAACGGCCCGCUCAAUGACUCGUUCGCGUUCCUCGCCGACCGGUACAUGCCCGAAGACAAAUGGGGGGCGGUGCCGGGAAACUGCACGGUGUCGACGAUGCCGGUGCUGGGCUACCCAGGGGCGGCCGGAAAGGACUACCGGCGGCUGAUGAAGGAGGGGUUCCUUCUGGAAUACACGGUCGACGACUGUGCGGGGUGCGUGGACAGCGGAGGGCUUUGCCGGGUUAACACCGUCUACGACAUGUUAGAGUGUCACUGCCCCGACGGCGUGUCCGACUUCAUCAUCUGCGGCGGGGGGAGUACAAGGAUGAAAACAAUUUUCAUAAUAGUUGGAGCAGUACUCGGUGCUGGUGCAAUCUUUCUGUUCGUCUUCUUUGUCUUGCACCAACGAAAGAAGAAGAAACAAGCUAUAGCUUCAAAUGAGUUCAUGCGAAGUGGAUCUUCAAUGACGACAUACAGUAAAGACCUUGAGCUGGGUGGUUCUCCUCAUAUCUUCACUUUCGAGGAACUCGAAGUGGCUACUGAUGGAUUUAGUGCUUCAAGGGAGCUUGGUGAUGGUGGCUUUGGAACUGUUUAUAAAGGAAAACUCAAGGAUGGGAGAGUAGUUGCGGUGAAACGCCUUUACAAGAACAACUACAGACGGGUUGAGCAGUUCCUGAAUGAGGUCGACAUCCUGUCCCGCCUGCUCCACCAGAACCUGGUCAUCCUAUAUGGCUGCACGUCGCGAAUGAGCCGUGACCUUCUCCUGGUGUACGAGUUCAUCGCAAAUGGGACUGUCGCAGACCAUCUUCACGGAUCUCGCUCGGCGGAACGAGGCCUCACGUGGCCUCUAAGACUGAACAUUGCCAUAGAAACAGCUGAAGCACUGGCCUACCUCCAUGCAGUCGAGAUCAUACAUCGGGAUGUGAAGACAACCAACAUAUUGCUUGACAACAGCUUUCAUGUCAAAGUUGCAGACUUUGGGUUGUCGCGCCUGUUCCCGCUCGAGGUCACCCAUGUCUCGACCGUUCCACAGGGCACACCUGGCUACGUCGACCCCGUGUACCACCAGUGCUACAAGCUGACCGACAAGAGCGACGUUUACAGCUUUGGCGUUGUGUUGGUGGAGCUGAUAUCCUCAAAGCCUGCUGUGGACAUGAGCAGGAGCCACAGUGAGAUCAACCUGGCCAACAUGGCUCUCAACAGGAUUCAGAACCAUGAAGUUGUUCAGCUGGUUGAUCCGGAGCUCGGCUACGACACCGACCCCGAAACGAAGAGGACGAUCGACCGCGUGGCUGAGGUGGCCUUCCAGUGCCUGCAGAUGGAGAGGGAUCUGAGGCCGUCGAUCAAGGAGGUGGUGGAGAUCCUGACCUGCGUCAGGGACGGAGACUGUCGGGCUAAGAGCAUGAAGAAGAAGGCGUCUCAGAAAGAGGACGCGCACUUGCUCACGGAGGGCCUGCAGUUUUCGCCUGACUCGGUCAUCCAUAGAUUCCAUAGCCAGUCAACGAACCACUCGGUAGCGUCGAAUGCUAGCGGGUUAUGAUGUGCUUUGUAUUGAUUCUGGAGAAAUAAGGGCGCUGCCCCUGUCGAUCGGAUGAGUUGUAUAUAGCAUAGAGUUUGCUAAUGAGGUGAUUCAUCUUACUACUAAUAAGUACAGGCUCAUGGUUGCAGUAACAAUGCAUUUCUGAGCUUGGCAAUGAUUCAAAUGGUAGGUGUAUGUACUAGGAGCAAAUUUCAGGAUCAGCACUGUAAUAUACAUAUACUCAGUUCAAGUUGACGGAAAGAUUGAAUUCAGAAGUUGAACUGAUCAA